AUGAAAGUAAACAAUAUACUAAUAUUAAAAAAUCGAGAAGACUUAUAUACUAGACGCAAACAAGCAAUUUUUACCAAGUUGGCUAAAGAGAAGAAGGCUGUUGAUAUCUAAUAGACGUAAAGAGUCAAUAAGAUGCUUUAAAUCAGCCUAAUGGAUAUAGAAAAUUUUACAAAUGUUUGUCAAUCCUACGAAUUCAAUAGACAUAAGGAUGCAAAAAGUUUAAAUUCUAACAGAGAUCAUUCUAUCUCUAGAGGUAGAUGUUCAAAUCAGAUUUUUCUGAAUAAACUUGAUCUAACUCCCAGAAUUGAUAGUUGUAAUUACUGGUAUGAUUUGUAAUACAUUUGA